AUGGCACAAAUCAAGAUCCAGUCCGGAAUCAUUAUGACUGGCAUCGGAAAAGCUCAAAUUGAGCACAACUUGGCAAUUCCAGCGCCUGACCCAGGUCAAGUCUUGAUCAGAGUACGAGCCAUAGCACUGAAUACCCCUGAUUGGAUGGCACUGGACUAUUUCGGGAGACCGGGUGCGGGAAUGGGCUUUGACUUUGCUGGUGAAGUUGUCGAAGUUGGAGCUAAAUGCGAGAUUUGGAAGAUCGGGGACCGAGUAGCUGGAUUUGUACAUGCCUGUCAUGCUGCCAACUAUGCGAAUGGUUCCUUUCGGGAGUAUCUACUGGCAGAUGCUGACCUUUUGAUGCGCCUACCGGAUCAUCUAUCAUUUGCAGAAGCUUCAACAUUAGGCAUGGGGGUCAGUACCGCUGCCCAGGCGCUUUAUCAGUGGCUUUCUCUGCCGCUGCCAGCCUGCGAUGCAAAACCGUCCAACGAGACUGUUCUGAUAUAUGGCGGAAGCACCGCGACCGGAAGCAUUGCGAUACAAUUAGCGAAACUCUCAGGACUCAAGGUGAUCACAACCUGCUCACAGCAACAUACCUCCUGGCUCCGAUCGCUGGGAGCUGAUGAGGUCAUUGAUUACCGUAACCCCAGCGCUACCGAGACCAUCAGAUCACUAGUGCAGAAAGACGGCCUGUACUCGAUUCUCGACUGUAUUGCGAGUACUCAAACGGCUGCUUUCUGUUAUAAAUGCUUCUCUGUGCCCCGGCAUGCAUCAGAACUGCCUCCGUCAUUGAUAUAUGCAGGACUGAUGAUACCACCAGAGGAACCACCACGCCCAAAUUCCCUUCCACCAUCUGCCGACAUCCACAGUCUCUGGAAUAUUGUGUAUACAUGCUUUGGAAGACGCUUCACCAUGGUGAAAGAGGAAAUAGGACUGAAGCGAACGUGGGAGGCGUCAGCAAGUGACAAAGAGUUUAUGGUCGCAUUUUAUCGGCGUGUCGAGGAAUUUCUUCAAAACAAAAUGUUACAGCCCAUGCCUAUUGAGAUUCGUAAAGGGGGGCUUGUUGGCGCUCUUGAAGGGGUCUCCGAAGUUCGGAAGGGGGCUGUUCGUGGGAAGAAAUUGGUUUAUGAGCUAUAG